GGUUCCAGUACAGAAGGAUGGGGAACAGCAUGGCCGAACAGACUUUUCAUGGGAUGGAAUCAAUUAACUUGUUGCACUAACUACACUUCCCAAAAUUGCAAGAGGAUAGACACUGACCAGCAGACUGUUGGGAAAUGUAGUACUUCACACCCAUGUUAAAACACUAACUCUGUGUCUAUCACCACCUCUCCCAUCACUUCUGCCCUUUCUAUCCCUCCAAAUAUUCAUAAAAUUUCACACUCAAUUUUCCCUAUCCUCUCUGCUGAGGUGCACGUCCUGCUCCCUCACUGUUCCUCUUCUGCUGCACUUUCUUUUUUUCUUCCCAUUCCCUCUCUUCUUCUCUAUCUCCACUAUCUUCUUCCCAUCCAGCAAUCCAUGGAGGACACGACCUCCAUUUUGCCCCAGCUAAAGAAGCGGAAUUCCAACGCCUACGGCAUUGGUGCUCUGGCUAAGUCCUCACUGUCAGGUGUGUCAGGAGUGUCUCGGUCUAUGAAGGACAAGGUGACAAAGCCGACAGCCAUGGCGCAGGGUCGUGUGGCCCAUAUGAUAGAGUGGCAGAACUGGGGCAUGCAGACGGUGGGACCGGGAGGCUCCAGUGCUGGCCGAAUCUCCACCCGCAAUCUUCAGCACGAGCGUAAGCUGGAGAAUGACGCCUACAGUGACCUUAGCGAUGGAGAGAAGGAGGCACGCUUUGCAGCAGGUGUUAUGCAGCAGUUUGCAAUAUCCGAGGCCACUUUGCUAGCUUGGAACUCCAUGGACGGAGAAAGCAUGAGUGCAGGCUCCAACCAAGGCAGUGUUGCCCAUCUGAGUGAGGCCAAUCAGGAGAGCAUCACCAGCCGAGACCAGAUAUUACACCACUCCUCUGCAGAAGUGUGGCCUCACGCGUACAUCUCGCAGGGCCUCUACUGCCUCUCCUCUUCAGAUGCUUGGGAGCCAAUCAGCAACGAGCAGUCAGGAGUAGCCUCUCCAGCCACAGGCUCCUAUGUCAUGACUGGGGGAACUUCCUGUGAUAGCAGCUAUGAUGGAAAUGCUGCGGCUCACUUCCUAUCACAGCAACAUCAGCAGCAGUUCAUCCAACAACACCAGAGCCAAUUACAACAGAUACAGCAACUACAGCAACUACAGCAGAUACAGCAAUACCAGCAACAACAGAUAAUGCAGUAUCAGCAACAGCAACAGAUAUUGGAACAAAGAAUACAUAGUACCACACAGUCUUUACAGGUUACGCCCAACAGCACCAUCCACAGUCUACCGCCACUCACUCACCCACCCCUGGUGGAUCUGUGGGGGGCAGGGCUUACUGAGACCUACCCGGCUGAAGUAGGUGGGUAUAUAGGCCUGGGUGCAACCAUUGAUGGAAAUCUAACGGCCCCCUCAGAAGACAUGGGAACAGAACAUUCACCUUUACUGGAAGCUCAAGAAGAGGACGAGAUCAAGGAGGAAGAGGUAAUGUUAUGCAUGGAACCAGAACCAGUGACUUUAAUUCCUUCUCCAGCUGCACAGAGAGAGGAAGUGACCUCAGCAGGAGGAAGCAGUCCGGGACAGGUCCCUGGGGAAUCAAUCACAGAAUGGAAACCUUCCGAUGUCACACCGUCUGUUAAUGAAAUACUGGAGGAAAAAGAGGAGGAGUCAGAAUCCUCAUCGGCCAGUGCCACGGUAACAAAAUGAGUGUUAGGAGCACCAAGGAGAACUGAGUUCGAUCAACACUUAAUGCUACAUAAUCAACUCUUUGAAUUGAUCCGUCACUUUUCAGGAAUUGCUCCUUUGUGAUGGAUCUUGUGUGACUGAAAAUACAAUAAGGAGAAAAUGAUAGGAUUUUCUAACAAAUGUUACACUUCUUAAGAGGAGCACAGGAGGGAGAGAGAGGGGGGUGGAUAAAGAUAUAUACAAAGGGGAUUUGGAGAGAUGAGCACAGACAGUGGUUAAAACAAAGGUUAAAUACAUGCAUGCUAUUUACAUGGUUGCUACUCUUUGCUAAGAACCUACAUAAACCAUCAUAACAAAAACACCAGAAACACCUGAUACAUACAGCCCAAAAAGGAUCAUUUCUAAUAAAGCAAUUUAAACGUAAUAAACAUAAGGUAUAGUGUAAAGUCGGCUGUGUUUCAGUCAACAGCUUCUUCAUCCUUUAUAGAUAUCACGUAUUAUUGUAGAAGUUAAACUGAUGCCACAGAAAACUAAUUAUGAAAUGGAUUUGAAUACCCAUGGAGCAAAAACGUUCUUUUCCCUAUUGGUUAUUCAUCACCCAUCAAUUCACAGACAUCUGCACUCGCACACACACGCAUACACACACACAUGCAUACACACGCACACCCGGCACACACACGCACACACACAUGCAAACACAUUCGCAUAAACACACGCAAACACAUUCGCACAAACACACACGCGCAAAUACACGCACGCAAACACACACGCAUACACAAGCAAACAAACGCGCACACACGCAAACACAUGCACACCCAGACCUGCAUUUAAAGUAUUAAGCAUGCAAUCUAGUGUACUUCCACAUGACAUGUGCACAUUUACAGACUCUCAUGCUCCAGCUCAAAUGUUCUUACUUUGGACCAGUUGCUGAGAGAUGAAAACCAGUGAGCUGUUUUAGAAAACCCCCAAAUUCAACAAUUCUAAAAUUUACUCCAUGUGGUUUAUUUUAUUUUAUAGGGUUAAAAUCUGGCACGUCAGUUUGAGAUGGACCUGCACCUUCUUAAUGACACGUCCGCGUGAACCAAAUUCAAUAAUCACAGAAUAAUCAUCACUUCUGUUAAUACUCUAAAGGUUGUGAAGGUUGUAAAAUGCACUCAUUUCCCAUCCUGGGGUAUGUGGGGAAGACUAUUCACUUAAAGUGAGCUAAUGAAUUUUUAUGUGCCAGCCCAUCUGUUUAGGACACAUCAGCAGUUCUAAGCUUAUUAAUGAACACACAAACAGAACAGCAUAUAAUACACACACUGUGCUGCAGAAGAUUGUAUCACAGUGGGCGUCAUUCUCUGUGUCACCUUUGGCAUGCAUGCUAUAUGUCAGUGUAAUAUGAUGUCCCAUACAGUGGAGUGAUUAAGGCACAGAGCUGCACAGCCUUUCUGGAUUUCGGUACCACCCUGAGAGGAAAAAGAAGCUUUACAGGAUUGACCUUCACAGUACAACUGACAGAAUGUCAGAAGAUGGACUGGAAUUGAAUGGCUGUGGUUCAUUUGCACUUUUGUUUAGUGACUGUCUAUGUUCAUGAAAUGUGUUUGGAAUUGAACCAAAUCGAACAACAUAAAAGGUCUGAAUGGACUACAAUAUAUUAAGACAAGCGAGUGUAUGAGUGAGUUGGAUGAAAAAUGCUGCAUUACUGGCAAAAAAAGAAAAACAACAAUAACAACAAAAUCCAAUACACAUGUUCAUUUAAGAUGUUUUCAAUUACAUUUAUGUAAAUACUGCUAACCCUUUUCAGUUAUUUCUUUAUUUUUAUACGACAUGUCUUGAUUUCUGUUUGUAACUUAACACAACUUGAUUUACUGCUGGACAUUUAAAGCCUGUAUUGUACACAGCAGACAUUUGUCCUUGAGAUCAACAUAUGUAAAUAAAUCAACUGAAAUAUGGGACAUAUUAUCUGGAAACUCGUUCUAACAGACUCUGGUGAAGAACUCAGGCCAAUAAGAAUGGACUAGGCGUCUUCCUGUUCGUCAUGGUUACUGGACACUACAGUGGCUAUGGCUGGACACACUGUGUGAUCUGUUAUGUUUGCAUCUGAGCUGAGUAAAGUAAAUGAAGACACGGUGGUUAUCUCCUUCACUCGUUCUUGCUAUGUGUGAUCUAUCAAGGAGAACAAAAUGACAACAUCCAGGACUGUGCAUAUCCUGGUCAAUUUCCUUUCAAUUUAUUUAUUUAUUUAUUCAUUUUUUGGGGGAGAACACUUCAGUUGAUUUCUGAAGCUUAACGUGAAAGCCAAAUACAACAAUAUAAUGUCAUUUAUUCACUUGAAAGAAUUUAUUGAUUGAUUAUUUAUGCAAUGUUGGGACAAUGUUUAUUUUUGUACAGAAUUAUGAGCCCUCCCUCCAGUAUAUGAUAGAGCACGUCAUUCUGUUGAGCUCCUGAGACAGGCAUGGAGACUGGAACUGUUGGGAAGUUUUAUGCGUACGUGUCUGUACAUCUUUGUGGAAUUUUACUCAAUCUUCUGCUAGCUAAGGCUCCACAUAUAACCAUUCUCAUUAUAUGCAGGUAAUACAAACAUUAAACACUCCUGACAAUAGUGACGUAAGAGCCAAUGUUUAUAAGGCUUUCAUUUUUGUCAGUGCUUGUUAUAGAGUUCUUAUGAGUUUCCAUUGUUGUCCAGUCUUAGUGCCUGGCAGAAGGGAGCACUAAGUUAAUGAUAUGUGCUCAUUUAUUUAUUUAAGAGUUCUUUUGGGAGAGAACUUCUUUAUCAUUUAGCGAUGUAGACCUAUUUGGUGGAAAUGACAUCACUCUUCAGUAAGUCACUGGUUGAUAUCCUCUUAAUUCGCUGCAACGUCAUCUUUUAUCUACUGAACAGAUACCUGUGAAGGAAAUCUUCGAACCGUUGGGAGGGGAAUUUAUUUUUAAAUUCAUAGAUCAAUAUGAGAAAUGUGUCAAUGUGUCUAAAAGUCAAAGUGGAAUGUAGAGCAAAAUGAACGUAGAGCAAUUUGGUGCAAUGCUCAGCAUUUUCUUGUCUGGGCUGCUGGAUCGAUUAAAAUAGAAUGUGUGCCAUAUAUUAUUUGGCUACAUCUUGUACUGUAGAAACAAGGCUGAUUUAAUACGUUUCAUUUGAAUUCAUUUAGUUCAGUUUCAGUUCAGCCAAAUCAACAUGCACACUAAUUGUAUGUUGGCUUGCAUAGCUGGGCUUGACUUAUGAGAAGAUCAGGACACCCCCUCAUAACCUGAAGAGUAAUGUCAUGUCCUGCUAGGUAUUUUAUUGCUUUAUAUGUAAGAUAAGAAAUAUGGAUGAAUAUAGUAAUAAUCACAAACCAAAUGUAUUUCUUUGGUUAUUACUGUUCGUGACAACAGAUUGUUUGUGAUUUUAAAAAUUUUUUGUAUGACUCUACUGCCAUCUUUCAAUAUAAUGCAACGUAAUGGGCAUGACUCUAUAAACUGUUCUGUUGUUGUUGUUUUUUUUAGUCUCGAUCUGUUUUUCUGUUUCUUUCUCAGCUUCUGUCUCUCCAACCCUGGUUUUCCUUUUAAUGGAGUAAUCACAAUACAAAGUGAUCAUCAUCCACAGGUUUUGUUUGUCAAACUAUGUAAAGGUUCAACUGUUUGUUAGAAAUGUGAUCCAAAUAUGUUCUAAACAGACAGAUAUGAAUUCUUUUGGAUUGUAUUUGGAUAUGGACUUAUUUGAAUAAGUGUAAGUGGGAAUUUGAUCUGUGAUGCCUAUAUCUAUGCAUGCUUGUCUGAAGGGUCUAAUGACAUGGUUCUUCCAGUGUGCUUUCACUUUCUCUCUCCCUG